GGAAAAGUGUGCAACACCAUAAACUCGCGGAUCCAUCAGGAGUUGCGGACGCAUUUACGAAGCAAUAUCCGUCCCGAUUACAUUUGAUCUGGUGGAGAUGGCGGCAAUCGUUGAUACCGAACCGAAAUCGCUCGAAGGUCAGCCAAAGGCGUAGUGGAAGGAUAAAGCGCCGCCAUGAGGGAUUUCGUAGAGAAUGUAGCGCGCUGCUCCUUUUCGAUGACGAGGGGUCGAGGAAAGCAACCUACUUGUGGGACGUGUUCCAGAGGCAAGCGGGGUAAAGAGAGCAAUUUAUGGCCUGAUAACGCAAACGCGAGCUGGUGAGCGUUAUCGGGCCAUAAAACCAGGCAGGUGGUGGCUAAUAAAAGCAGCCAGGCUAAUGAAUGGAACAUUUACGAGCAUAAGAAAUUGAUUGAAUUAGCAUGAUGAGGACUCGGAGGGCCAACCCCAGGAGAAUAGGGCCCGGCUCGCUUCACACAGCAAUGGACACCGAACCAAUCUGGGUUGUUCUUCAUCAUCAUCUUGUUGACGAUGACGACGCGGAGAAAGUCCCUAAUCUGGUGGCGGGCGCAGAGGGCGGCUGGCUGCGUUCCUAUUUAAGCUGCGCUCCCUGUAGCGCUAGGCUCAAGCACCACCUCCGGAGUCCUAGCCUGGCACAUCUCCCGAAGUUGAUUAGCGCUGGUUUGGUUGGAUGUCGGCACAGAGAGCACUUACGCUGGGUCUUUCCCAGUCCAACGGGCGUCGGGCGCAAGUGGUGGACUUGAUGAGUGGCACUAAAGAAGACACGAUUCAUCUCCAGGUAGAAAUUUCAGCUUCUGGCAUCCGUGGCAGAUCGAAUGUGCGUCGAUGGUUGCUCUCCUGGUCGCGGUUUAGCGAGGGCUGAUGAUUUUCGUCGCUGAGGGUUUCUUUUGAUGAUUGUAGUGCGGUGCGGAAUGGUUGCUUGCGUCUAUUCCCUUUGGUCGUGGAAUUUGAUGAACAGCCUCCGAAAGGGUGGACAUUAGCGUCCCGUUUCGGCUCCUGGAUUGCGGGACUCCGUGUUUGAGAGUUGUUGCUCAUCUUUUCUUGCGACGAGCACAUGAUAUUGACGUAAUCUCAACUGAGCUACCAAGGGGUUGGAGAUGGUUGAGGUGGAUUGCGGUGUUGGAAUUUGCUUACAGUUUGCUGGCUCUAAGAAUCGAGCUGUCGGUUUUGGGAAAUACAGGCCGACGCUGUAAAGGAAUGGCCUCUUCAGCCCAUUGUCUUGGUGUCUUGGGUUCAGUGGAGAUGAGCUGCAGUGCUCCCUUUGCCUGUCAGGUUGUUGGCCAGCUAAAUUGUCGUCGUAGGAUUCGUCUGAGGGGACCAGAAUCUUCUAGUGGAUAUUUAAGUUGGUACUGUGGCGCACUGCGCUAAUUGCGUAUUAGUAAAUCAUUUGUGGCACUGCACUUCUCCAACUAUUACUGUCGAGUCGACCAAUUUGGAGUUCUUGUGUUGGUUGGAACAGAGUAAGGACGCUUGAGGAAUUCUCCAAGCUGGAAGCGAGGCGAUCAAGCUGGGAAUGGAAAUGGGAGCCAUCAAUAGAUUACACUAGUAAACGUUUCAGCGGUGCGAAUAGCCGAUGCCUCGGGUAAAGUGUGUAGUUCUUGAGAGGCGAAAGUGGCUCCACGCAUUGCCGACUGAGUCGCCUUAUCGACUCCGAAAUGGCUCUUGAAGCCGAGCGGAUAGGCAGAUACGAGCGGCAUCAGAGGAAGAAACAUUUGGUUGCCGCUGCUCUGCCCAACACCUCUCUGUCGACCAAGUGCAGUCCGUCUGGGAAUGUCCAAUUCACUAACUGGGUUUCUAAGUCCAUCCCAUUGAUCAUUGGUCUACUCUCGACAUGGUUAUUUCAAUACAGUCAGUCUCCUCAUCCCGCGACUGUCGAUGUCGACACAUCUGCGGCGCUUAGCCAAUUGGCAUCACAAAUUGCCGCAACCAAUUCCCUUCCCUGCUCUGGCCAUGGCUACAUGGCAGACUUCGACACUGAGCGAAGUCUUGGCAUUUGCAAGUGCUACGAGUGUUUCGGAGGCGUGGACUGCUCCCAGGUGAUCGACAAUUGUGUUAUCGAUCUGGACCACGGGGAUCCGACCAUGUUCGAGGAGUUCUGGUUCCGAAACGCAGCUAACACUAUCACCGUCAUACUUGGUUACCAACGAAUGAGUUACUUCGCACAAAGCAAGCAUGUUUGGUUCAUGGAGAACGAGCUGGAGGUCCAGAUCCGGGAGUUGCACCGAGUGGUGGGAAACGCAGUCACUGAGGGCCGUCACAUUGUGGUUGGCACAGGUUCCACCCAGCUCUUUCAAGCUACUCUAUACGCUCUUACUUCGUCGGACCAAUCCAAGCCAACGAACAUUGUCUCCGCGGCUCCCUUCUACUCCUCAUACCCUGCAGUGACCGACUAUCUGCGUUCCGCCUUAUUCAAGUGGGCCGGCGAUGCUGUGGAGUACAAUCUCGGCGCAGAGCACGAAGAACCAUACAUUGAGAUGGUGUGUUCUCCGAACAAUCCAGAUGGAAGGAUACAGCAUGCCGUUGUGAAUGGGACGGGGCACGUCGUACACGACCUGGCGUAUUACUGGCCGCAUUACACGCCCAUCACAGGAGCAGCCGACCAUGCUAUCAUGCUCUUCACGCUCUCGAAGAGUACUGGGCAUGCAGGAACUCGAAUUGGGUGGGCUAUCUUGAAGGACGAGAGAGUGGCGAAGAAGAUGACGAAGUUCUUGGAACUUAACACGAUAGGCGUCUCUCAUGAUUCUCAAGUGCGUGCAACGCAGGUAAUUAAGGCCGUAAUUGAAGGAUACACCUCGUCCGAGCCACAAAGUGGCAGUCCCCAAACCGUCGCUCAGCAUUCGGACAACAACAAGCUGUUCCAUUUUGGAAAUUCCGUCAUGCAUUAUCGGUGGAAACGACUGCGGGAGGCCCUGAAUGGGUCCUCCGCGUUUUCUAUCCCGGGUUUUCAGCCUUCUUACUGUACUUUCUUCCAGAAAGACAUAGAUCAAACUCCUGCAUUUGCGUGGUUAAGGUGCAAAAAAACAGCAGAUUGUCAAGCAUUUCUAAAGGAGAGGCGGAUUAUCACACGAAGUGGUCGGCACUUUGGUGCUGGUGCAGAGUUUGUGCGCUUGAGCAUGUUGGAGCGGAAUCAGAAGUUUGAAAUGCUAGUGGAUCGGUUAGCAAGAGUCGAGGCUUCCAGAACCCCCGACUAGACAACAGUAAUCAGUACCUCCCCGAACAUUCAGUUUUGCUCCCAUGCCUCGCUUGUUGGCCUUGCUUGGUUUUCGAUGCCACUUGAGCUUCGUCUACCGCUUGAGAGUGUUUUGUGUUGUUUUUUUUUUUUUUUUUUUUUUUCCCCAAUAGAAAGUCCUCAUGUAGAAGACUCCAAAUCUCGCAGUGGCCCCUGAGUGUCGGCUACCCAGAAGGUUUGUGACCGUUCUGCUAUCAGGCGCAUUGAGGAAUACGUGAAGUUGUUUCGGUUGACGGUGGGGAGGCACAGAAGUUGUGGUAUUAGGUGACGAGUGGAUUGCAGUGACUUAAGCCAUUUUUUUCUUUUGGAGUGUUGGCUCCUAAUCUGAAUUCCAUCUGGGUUCCAAGCUUGGCACCAGAGGCAAGAUGUAUCUCUAGCAUUGAUGCAAGCAAACACCACAAAUGUGAAUCUUUUUUCUAUUUGACA